UAAUGGAAAUGAUUGAGGGAGUUAAGCUAAUGGACCGAAUACAAGUAAAGUGGCCAAGUGAAAAAAGAAAAUAAAAGGGUCAAAGUGAGAAUUUCAUUAUACUAAAGGGGCCGAAACAAGUUUAAACCUUAAAUUAAACUCCCAAAAUUCCUAGGGUUUCGGUUUCGAAAUACAGAAAGGGGAAAAUUUGCAGAAAAAAGCCAUCAACUCCAAUGGUGUGCGAGAAGUGUCAGAAGAAGCUAUCAAAGGUGAUAGUGCCAGAUAAGUGGAAGGAAGGCGCCAGCAACACCACCGAAAGCGGUGGCCUGAAAGUCAACGAGAAUAAACUCCUAUCGAAAAAGCACAGAUGGACACCUUAUGGAAAUACAAAGUGCAUCAUUUGCAAGCAGCAAGUGCAUCAAGAUGCCAAGGGGCAUUUCAUGUUGUGCAGGCGUAUGCGCGAUGUGCGGUAAGCAAGUGCUCGACACCAAGCUUUACAAGCAGAGUAACGUAUAAUCGAAGGGGGAUAUAAGCUGGUCGUUGAGUAGAUAUCAUAACUGGUAUUUAUCAUUAUUAACUCACCUACUUGGAUCAAAAGAGGCAUAAAAUUGUUGAUGCUGCAUGUUUUGUAGUCCUCUCUCUGAUCAUUUGUACUAGAAAACAGAUAAUCUCAUUUUAUAUUCAAGUAUGUAUUAAUCAUGUCUAUAGCUGGACUAACAAGGAACUAGUUAUUGUUUGUAAAGUUGGUCUAAUACAUUUCUUGAGGUUUGAACUCGGCAAA